CCCCUCCCCUUUAAAACAAGGCAACCUCAUCCUUGAUCCCCUUCGUGGAGAGAGACACAGAGACAGACGGAUCCUUCGUCGCCCACCUUGCAGGGAGGUGUCGCUGGUCCUGGCAAUGGAGGAAAAGCGGAAGAAGCGAAGCCCCAAGGGCCCCCCUCCAGCUCCGGCCCCGGCCUUGCCCCCCACGGCCCUCCGCCGUCUGCCGGCCCCCUCCAACAAGAGCACCUCCUUCGCCCUGGGAAAACCCCACCUGCCCUCCCCGAAGCAGAGGGCCAAGGCCAAGAGGCCGACCAAAGAGAAGGGUCGGGCCCCGCAACCCGGAGGGGCCCCCAGUGUUGGGGCCACGGUGGGGACCCCCCUCCAGCACUCUUUCCUCACCGACGUCUCGGACGUCUACGAAAUGGAAGGCGGCCUCCUCAACCUUCUCAACGACUUCCACUCCGGGAAACUCCAGGCUUUCGGGAAGGAGUGCUCCUUUGAGCAGCUGGAACAUGUGCGGGAGAUGCAGGAGAAACUGGCCCGGCUGCACUUCAGCCUCGACGUUUACGUGGAGGAACUGGCUGAGGAUCAGAAGAAGACUGCGGCUGACCGGAACCUGGACCAGCUGCUGACCAAUCUGGAGGAACUCAGUAAUUCCAUACAGAAGCUCCACUUGGCAGAAAACCCCGACUUGGAAGAUGCAGCUGCUGUCUAGAAAAAGAGAUCCGCCAGAUCCUCCUUUCUCCCUUUUUUCCAUCUCAAAAUGGAAAGGGGCCUAGCAAAAGGCUCCCACACCAUUUGGGAGGCCAGGCUUUGCAAAGCACGGCUUUGGCAUUCAAAAGGACCCAUGGCGAGGACAAUCUGGGGAAAAAGCUAACUCUGGGGCCAAGUAAAUGGGGAGAGAUCGGAAAUCAAUGAAUCUGGAAGAGACAAUUACCUGGAAAUAUAGGACAAAAAUGGUCUGGCCUGGACCAUGCCGGAUUGCUUUGAGAUCAUGUGCCAAAAAGAAAGUUCUCUGUUACACAAUGCAGAUAGAGCAGUUUCUGUUGAUCCUUGGGAUAUGUAGUUUGCAAGGAUCAGGGAGGAAUCUCUGUUAGAGAGUUCAAAAUGUUCAAUCUUUGGCCUUCCAGACUUUGGCUGGAUCUACUCUUUCACUGCCCUACAGAUAUGCACAAUGCAGACAGAGCAGUUUAUGUGAAACCUUGGGAUUUGUAGUCCGUCAAGAGCCAGGGAGGAAUCUAUUGGAGAAUUUUAAUACAUAGGUUUUCAAUCAUUGGUCUUCUGGUGGGAUCUACCACUUGAACUGCCAUGGCUCCAUGCGAUGGAAUGAAGGGAUUUGUAGUUUCACUCGAUCUUUUGCCUUGUCCGUCCAAGAAUGCCGAUGCCUUACCAAACUACAACUCCCAGGAUUCCAUAGCACUGAGUCAUGGCAGCUCAAGUGGGGUCCAAGUGUAUAGAUGCACCUCAAAAACGCUGCCAUUGAGUAAGCAUCCCUUAGCAGAACUACAAAUCCCAGGAUUCAAUGAAAUGAAGUGCAAUUGAACUGCUGUAAUCUGUGCAGUGUAGAAAUAUAUUCUGAGUAAAAUGUAUUCUUUGGAAUCUGGCUUCCCUUUGACUGUCUCUGCAGCUGCUCAUUUUCUUCCGAACCUGCUUUGCUUUGUGUUUGUGUGUGUGUGUGUGUGUGUGUGUGUGCAAAAAAUGGCAAAACAUUAAUUGAAUGGCUGGCCUUUCCCUGCCUGACGAGAGUAUUUCCAAUCUCCAAAUUUAAUCUCCAAAUAUCCAGUAAUAUCAAUAGAACAAGAUGUGACCCCAAUAUUCCCAUAUUUUGGGGCAUGGGCUCUCCCUAAAGACAGAAAUGUGCCUGUCAUUUGAAUGAUUAACGUGGGAAAUGUAUUAUUACUCUUCCAUAAAAAUGUAGUCAAUUUUAAACUGUGGAUUUUAGACAUUCAUUUAAUUUGUCUGCAUGAUUGUAAUGUAUUGGUUUUUUGUCCUAUAUCUUUAUAUAUAUUUUAAUGGUCUUAUGCUUUAUACGUGUAUUUUCACUGGGUCAUAUCCCGCUUCAAGAAGAGGCCGGUAACAAAUAAAUAUAAUUAUUGUCA